AUGCCUGCUAAUGACACGUGUACCGCACUAGAUGCAGACAACACAGAUUUUCGGUACUUUAUCUAUGCAGUGACAUACACUGUCAUUCUUGUGCCAGGUCUCAUAGGGAACAUAUUAGCCUUGUGGGUAUUUUAUGGUUAUAUGAAAGAAACCAAAAGAGCUGUGAUAUUUAUGAUAAACUUAGCCAUUGCUGAUUUACUACAAGUUCUUUCCCUGCCACUGAGGAUCUUUUACUAUUUGAAUCAUGACUGGCCAUUUGGUCCUGGCCUCUGCAUGUUCUGUUUCUACUUGAAGUAUGUAAACAUGUAUGCAAGCAUCUAUUUCUUGGUCUGCAUCAGUGUGCGACGAUUUUGGUUUCUCAUGUACCCCUUUCGCUUCCAUGACUGCAAACAGAAAUAUGACUUGUACAUCAGCAUUGCUGGCUGGCUGAUCAUCUGCCUUGCCUGUCUACUCUUCCCUCUCCUCAGAACCAGUGACGACACCCCAGGCAACAGAACCAAAUGCUUUGUGGAUCUUCCUACCAGGAAUGUCAAUCUGGUCCAGUCAGUUGCCAUGAUGACCAUUGGCGAGUUGAUUGGGUUUGUUACUCCUCUUCUGGUUGUCCUAUACUGUACCUGGAAGACAGUUUUAUCACUGCAAGAUAAAUAUCCUGUAGCCCAAGAUCUUGGAGAGAAAAAGAAAGCCUUGAAGAUGAUUCUAACCUGUGCAGGGGUAUUCCUGAUUUGCUUUGCACCUUAUCACUUCAGUUUUCCUUUAGAUUUCUUGGUCAAGUCCAAUGAAAUUAAAAGCUGCCUAGCCAGAAGGGUAAUUCUAAUAUUUCAUUCUGUGGCCCUGUGUCUUGCUAGUCUGAAUUCCUGCCUUGACCCAGUCAUAUACUAUUUCACCACUAAUGAGUUCAGAAGACGGCUUUCAAGACAAGAUUUCCAGGAUAGCAUCCAACUCCAUACAAAGUCCUUUGUGAGCAGCCAUACAACUUCUACCAUGGCAACUGAAUUAUGCUAA